GAAUCAAAUAGUCGCACACACUUUCCUUAUACGGAGUAUUAAUUAGACGCAAACCCUAAGAAAUCUUAGGUCUCCGUUUAUAUAUACGGAUUAUGCGUUCAAAUCCAUCUUUCCGUACGUAACAGCUCUUCUCUCUGAAUUUUUUUGUCCCUUCCUUCCCCAAGCACAGGUAUGGCCUUUCAGCGUCUUUCCUGGAUCAUGGUUCUGUUUAAAAAACCUUUUGGUAAUGAUUUGACUAAUAGUCCUGCAGUAGAGGCAUCGGCAGCCAGAUCAUCUACACCACAGGCAAUUACUAAUGAGAAAUUGAUGAAGAAAGUUCCAGGAAUGUUAAAUUCUUCAUCAUCAUCUCAUUUUGAGGAAGUUUUUGGCAAUGAUUUGAGUAAUUGUGCUGCAGUGGAGGAUGCAUUGACAGACAGAACUACACCACUGGUAAUCAUCCAUAAGAAUUUGAUGAAGAGAGCUCCCAAAAUGUUUAUUUCUUCACCAUCAGCUAAUUUUGGGGAAGUUUUUGGUAAUGAUUUGAGCAAUAGUGCUGCAGUGGAGGAUGCAUUGACAGAGAGAACCACACCACUGGCAAUUAUUCAUCAGAAAUUGAUGCAGAAAGUUCCCAAAAUGUUAAUUCCUUCACCAUCAUCUCAUUUUGAGGAAGUUUUUGGUAAUGAUUUGACUAAUAGCGCUGCAGUGGAGGACGCAUUGACAUCCGGAUCUACACCACUGGCUAUUAUUCAUGAAAAAUUGAUGAAGAAAGUUCCCAGAAUGUUAAAGUCUUCACCAUCAUCUCAUGUUGAUGAGCAGCAGAGCAGCAGGCCUAUAAUUAUUCGUUAUUCUAAGAGGAGGGGCGAAAAUAACUUGAGGCUUUACAUUGUAACUGGAAACUCUGAAAAGGAGUGCAAGACCAGAGGCCUAAACUCACUGAAAGGAGCUUACCUUGUAAAUGCUUGCGGCGGACUAGCGUUGAUUUCGACCAGGAACGAGGAAGCUUAUACCAAAUAUGCUGUGUUUAAUCCUCUAUCAAGAGAUAGAGUCCAAAUAGUAGGAACCCCCAAUGUAUCUAAUAGCCGAGCAUGCGGGAUCUUCUACCAUCCUAUAGCAAAAGAACACAGGAUUCUUGCCGUGUAUGGAAGAGAACCUUUAUUUGAAUAUCACAUUUACUCAACUGGAUCCAAACGGUGGAGGCAAACCGCAAGUCCUUAUUUUCAUUACGAGCCUAAACGCCUUUGGGCAGACGGGAAAACACCAUAUGAUGUUGUUGAUGGUAAUCCAGCAAUUGUUAAUCAAGCUCUGCAUUGGCAUAUCGGGGGGGUGAUGAUAUUUGAUAUGGUUAGUGAAGAGUUGUCGCUCAGACGCCUCCCUUUUGAGGAUUACAUGGCAGAAAAGGAUUACAUAGCCUUUUUGUUGGUCAAAGAAGAGCGCUUGUGUUUCUGCGUUGUGGAUUCUAAACGCAUGGGAAUUGAUGUAUGGGUUUUGGAGGACUAUGGAAAUUGGUCUUCUUGGACUAAGAAAUAUAUUGCUUCCCUUAGUUGGGAUGUGAAUGUGUUUCGUUUCACCGAACCUUGGGCUACUUGCCAUAUAAGAAUCAUCAGCAUCCAUAAGGACGAAUUGGUAUUGUUUUGGAGAUAUCGAGGCCUCUUCAUCUACUCCUUAAAGGCCCACACUGUAAGGAAAAUUAGCAAGAAGUUAAACAUGCACGUUGGUUCUUACAUGUACCCCCGUGAUUAUGAUAAUUUUCUCGGGUUUGCAGCUUAUACUCCAACCCCAAGUGAUCGUAUAUAUGAUGAUGGUCACUGAAACAUGGGUGUCACUGUUUAUAUUCUUAUGGUAGUUAUUUAUGCACAACAAUAUAUACUUUUUAUGUGCAUUUUAAGAUUAUUUCUUUUUCCUUUGUUUAAAUACAAAACUAUUAUUUCAUUUAUGUGAAUUUUAUUUAUAAUGAGAUUAACGGUAAUAUAAAAAAAAUCGACAUGUUUGGGUACAGUAUAUGAAUAAGG